CGCAUGCCCGCCAUAGCUUCCCCAAGUAUGGCCCCGAUACUUUACUUGCAAUACAACCCAAGCCCACUGCAAGUCUAAUUGAGAACGCUAUGUUUGGUGCGCUUAAUCGUUUUAUUGGACGGCUGGAUGGCGAGCCUGUUCAACAGCCUCGGAAUGGCCCCAGCGACAACGCCUAUGGUUUCCAAGUACUCCGCAACAAAGACACAGAGCUGCCCUUGGAGCCUUGGUUCGACUUUAUUGUAGGAAUUAACGGUCACCCUAUUGAAGAUCCAGAUCCAAACCUCUUUGCGACAGAAGUGCGCAAUUGCGCAGGCUCUAGCUUGACGCUGGAAAUCUGGAGUGCCAAGGGUCAAAGAACACAUACAGUCACAGUCCCCAUUUCAGCGACAACGCCCUCCCUCGGCCUCGCACUACAACUUGCCCCCCUUUCCUCUACCCAAAACAUCUGGCAUGUCCUUGGGAUCCCAUCACCGCUGAGCCCUGCAUUCCGCGCAGGACUACUGCCACAUUCGGACUACAUUAUCGGCACACCGAGCGGGACGUUACGCGGGGAAUCUGCGCUCGGGGAGCUGGUAGAGGACCACCUUGACCGCACCCUCGUUCUGUGGGUAUACAACAGUGAAUUUGACGUCGUACGGGAGGUCGAGCUCAUUCCCACGAGAGGAUGGGGCGGCGAAGGUGCCCUAGGUGCCGAGCUGGGCUACGGUGCCUUGCAUCGUUUACCAAUCGGGCUGGGCGAGGAAGUGGAGGGACCUGGCGAGGUUGUCUUUGAGACGCGCGCAGAUGGAUAUCCCGCGCCAAUGCCGAAUCACGACGGAGCUUCGGCGACGGCUGAACCCUCCGCAAACUACCUCGUCCCAGCAAAUAUGGUAUCUCCCCCUCCUCUUGCGUCCCAGACAAGAGUGACCUCACCCCCGAGCGGAGCAUCACCCGCGAGCCGAAGGAGUGCCAAAACACGACACGGGGUCUCUCCUAACAGUGCGUUUGACGAUUACUUUGCCGAAGGCGAGCAAAAGAGCCGGGAGCAGGACUUUGCGCCAUCGCGGAAGGGAACGCCUCUGCCUCCUCCGCCUAAACUUGGUGUCUCACCCUCCAAUUCGAGCAGUCCAGCUCCGGCUGCAGCUGGAGCGACAGGAAAUGCGGAGGCGGUGGAAGGAGAACCGGGGCCAGCACAAGAAGAAUGAUGAUAUAAUUCUUUGUUGGAGCUGGAGUUUCUGUAGAGUACAUGAGUUUAACCAUUAUACCAAUGACAAUAGUUCUUCCUACCUAAAUCUUUAAACAGCUUAAGGUUACUGCCACGUAUAGAAAAAGAAUUUUUGUUGAACCAAAUGAUAUUUUUUGUCAAACAAAGGGGACAUCCGGAUUAUAUCAUCGGAUCUACGAGUUCUAAGCGUACAUAUGCAAAAGAUGAAACUCCUCCCCUACCACCCAACGGUGACGGGACUCAAGCCUCGCAAAUAUAAAAAAUCUAGUGACCCUUGCUCACCAACUCCUCGAGCUUCUUCCGGGUCUCACCAAUCUUGUCCUCCAUCAUCUGGCGGGCCAUACCGCUGUGCGCAAUGCCGGUAUACCAGAUGUGCUCCGCCCGCUCCCGAACUGCAAGGUGCUUCUCCGCAACGACAGGGAACUUCUUCUCAUACUCCCAAGCCAGAUCCGAGACGUUCUUCAUCGUCACGGGCAGGAGAGUGAAGGCAGCGACGGUCCCGAAAGUAAGCGGGGACAGAGUGCGGAGGAAGACGCCGCGGUUGCGUGAUACGAUGGAUCCGGCCAUGGCAGACACGAUAACGUAAAUACCGCCGGGAGUCAGGCGCUCACCAGACUCGGCAGGAGGAGCGAGCGAUGCAAUAGUGUUGGUGAACGCGUUCUCGAUGUGCAAAGCGCGGGACAGGAAAUCGUUGAAGCUGUUCUCCGCGGCGAGGGAGUGAGAGUAGAGGAAAAGCCGGGCUUGCCGGAUCUGAGCGGUCAGGAUGUCUGUUGGAGUGGGCGAGGAGGAGGUGGAUUGCGAUGUGGGCAGAGAAAUCGCCUUUGGGGCCGGAGCUGCGGGCUUGGAGGGUUCCGGGAUAUCGGACGGGAAGUCAUCGUAGAUGGGCUUGCGCUGUUUGGGGAAAGUAGGCGCGAAUCAGAAAGAGCUAUCCCGGGAAGGCAUGUCAGGAACGAGUAGAUUCAGGUCAUCUCACCUCACGAGGCUCCUCGGCGUAAGCAGUUUGCUUGGGGUACAAGGCCAGGCCUCCUGCGAGGAGGGUGGCUGCGAUCGGAGCCACAGCCCGCUGCCAUCGAGUUAGUACUCCAUUGACUGGUCAAUUGCGCGAGAAAGACCCGAUAUCAGCUAUCGGCGAUCAGACAUACCUGCUUCAACAUCGGCCGGAAUGACAUCCUG